ACCUCGCCAUUACAGGAACCGCUCAACAGCAACGACAAGCUUUUCUGAAACUUGGCCAUGCAGUUAACGCCAUCAGUAUGUCCAUCAAGAGAUCCGACAAACGGUUUGGCAAAAACCCGCUCGAGUUUAGCAGCAUUUAGAGCCCUCGUAUAUUCACGUGCUGCCUCAAACGGAUGCAAACUCGGGUCGAUAUUUCGCGGGAUUUUAUGUAUAUCAGACUUACAUUCGCGUAUAUAGUCUGCCGGGUUACGUGAGAGCACUUUCACUUUCAUUUUAGAGCAAAAAACCGCUUGAUUCACGAUGAAAAUUACAGUUAAAUAUUGUUACAAACUCCAAAAGCAAAAAGUUUGACCGCCAUCUUGCGUACUUGCAGGCAAGACGAAGGAUCGGCGAGUUUUUAUGCGGAUGGCGGUCGGCGUCGAAUCGGGUUAUCUCCAUGACAACGUCAACAGCCAUAAUGUAAAUAUUUUUUUUAUUUCAGAGAUUUAUUUUUCUUUUCUUUUAUAAAAUGUGAAAUACUGAUCGAUUGAAGAAGUUAGAAUGUCCAAUGUCAAGGUAUGGAUGUAAAUUAUUUGAUUAUAUUUAAAGCAAUAUAUAUUUUGAAGGUGAACGCGGUAAAUUUCACGUUUUUUGGCGUUCGUGAUUUGUUUACAUUUCGUCUUUGUGUCUACUAGUUGCCAGAGAUCGACUCUACUGAGGGCUUUCAAGCGCGGAAUUGGAAACAACUUAAUAAGAAAGAAAUCCAGAAAUUAGAUCCUGUUCAAAGAAGUCGUUAUAUGGCUGUGAGUAUCAUAAAUUGACAUUGAUCAGGUCAUAUACUUAUAUUCUGGUUUGUAUUUGCAAGAUUGAAUAUAAAGCCCCCAUCAUUGAUAAUCAUCUUUCUCCAAAAAUCCCCCUUUCCAAACAGGCCCCCUCUCGAAUAGCCCUCUCUAGAUAUAUCAAGCCCCCCUCUAAUAAGCCCCUUUCCCCAAAAGCCCCCCUCUCAAAAACCCCUAGAGCUCUAAAUGCCAAGCUCUCCUCUCUGAUAAACCCCCUUCCCCAAAAAAGCCCCCCUCUCAAAACCCCCUCUCUAGAUAUCCAGCCUUUUUCUCUAAUAAACGUACUCCUUUCCCCAAAAAGCCUCCUCUAAAAACCCUCUCCAGAUAUUCAGCCCUCCUCUCUAAUAUACCCACUUCCCCAGAAAGCCUCCCUCUCAGAAAACCCUCUCUAGAUAUCAAACCUUCCUCUCUAAUAAACCCCUUCCCCAAAAAGCUCCUCUCUAAGAAAACCCUCUCUAGAUAUCAAACCCUCCUCUCUAAUAAGCAUCUCUCCCAAAAACCCUUUCUUACUCUAUUAAGCACACCCCUCUCUAAUAUAAACCCCCUCUCCAAAAGCUCCCUCUCCAUUAAGUCCCCUCUCUCCAAUAACCCCUCCCCCUUCCCCAUCAAUUGUGGCUAAAAUAUGAUGUCACCGUUUUUAACUUCAGUAUGAAAGCUCGUCAAAACAAGCUGCGCAAGGCAUGUGUGAAGCACGGAGGAGAAUUCACGAAAGAAGAAAAAGCGAAACGUAAGUGAAACAGUCAAUGAAAUCGGUAACAUAAAGACAUCAUGCUAAUAUGUACUUUAUAAAUACAGAAAACAUGCAAUGGAAUCAGAUACAACGGACCCUCAGAAAGAAAAGCACGCAAGACUUAUUGGACAACUAAAGUAAGUCUGUGAACCAAUUUCUAUCAGAUGUAUUCUUGGUGAUCAGGAUUUGAAAAUCCCACCAGUCUCCAGCUACCAAUGUUUAAUAUCUAACCACUUUCUUUCAUUUUAGAGCGGCAGAAGCAAGAAACAGAAUCAGACUAAUGAGAAUUCGUUACACUGGCAACAAGGUAACAACUCUUCAAUAUAUACUGUACCGGUAUGCCUUGUAUCAAUGACGAAGCUAACUUUCAAACACUCAAAAAUCAUGUUCAUUUACAGUACAUAAACUUUAGCUUUGAUUUUCUCGGUCCGUGUUUUAGUUCAAAAACUCAAUGCUAAAAUUAUUUUCGUACAGGCAUCAGAGAUGAACAAUUUGAUAGCAUGUCAGCCCACAGCUAUCAAGGCGGUCAGACUACAGUGUCUUGUUCCACCGCAUCCUGAAAAGAUUGUUAUAAGAGAUCUGUUAGGCAAAGACGAGGUGUGUUUCACUUUAUUCUUUUAGAGAGAACAGUUUAGAACUGAUAUAGAGCUAUCCAGAUUGUUUAGUUUGCAUUAAGGAUUUUACUCUCACCGCUUAAGAAAUUACAGGAAUAUCAGAUUGAUAUAGUUGCAAGAAAUCAUUGCAUUGUUUUAUUGUUCACGUCUUUCUUUUUCCAUUUUCUCAGCGUUCACGUGUCGACGUACUACUAGAAGAUGAACUUAAUCUAACAACAAAUCGAUUGCUUUCAUAACACAGCGUUCUGGUACAACAACCUCAGUUCCUGAGCUGUGCGAGAUUUUGACGUAAUCUGCAGACGUGUUAUUCAACUCAGUCAAGUCUUCACAUUUCGCUAAGCUUCAUGCGAAGCCUAUCAAAAAGAAUAUCAAGUGAUGAACGAAGAUAUUUGAUCAAUAACUGUCAACACCUCUUCUAAAAUAAUACCUGGUGUACAUUAAUCCUUAUCAAUCUAUAUUGGGUGAAACAUUUCUGUACAUUUUUGUACGUUAAUCGUUAUUGAGAAUGCCCUACGAAUUAAAGAUAAAUAUUAAAAGUAUACUUUCAUACACAUGUUAUUUAAAUUAUAUUUUUAAUAAAUCUUAUUUAAAC